GUCGCCUUGAACUCAGCAUCAUAUAUCUGCGUUGUCAGCACUUGUCACGACAUUUGGGAGCACGCUGGCCAACUGAGGUGCUUCAUGUCUUCCAUCCAUAUUUGCAGAUUUGCCCAAAGCCCCAUUUGGACUGACGACCAGCUUCUUGGCGCUGACUUCACCGUUCUUGAGUCUUUCGAGGCCCUUGGGGAUCGCCUCAAGACCCCCGGGGAUGAGCUCGAAUGGAUUGGGCUGUUUCAAAUUUCAGAAGUCGGUAUCAAGGUGGGCAUACCAAAAACCCAACUCCGAGAGCACGGUUGUGCUCAAGGUGGACAUUGCCAAAUGGUGAUUACGACAGUGCCGCCAGGCGAGAGGAUAUCAUAGGCGGUGUUCUGUGUAUCUUCUUCCGAGAUGGCAUCGUACACGGUUUCAACGGGUCCAGACGUGAUCUUCUUGACUUCUGCGACAAUGUCGUCAGGCGAGAGGGUGCGGUUGAUGGUAU